AUGAAAGCUAAGGCCAGAUACAAGGCGGCGGUCGGCAUAUGUAACCGACUCGAGGGCAAGUCCAACCUGAAGGAAGAUGAGGUGCAACGGUUGGCUUGGGCCAGGGAGGAGGUGAAGACCGGCCGUGCUCAUUUCGCAACACGGAACUGGUGUAAUGCCUCGGAUCCAGCAUUUGCUAAUCGGAUUGAGGAGCAAAUAGCUGAAAAGAGGCAGCGUUCGACGGAGAGCGAACGAAAGGCACCAGCGAAAAAGAGGAAGUGCAAGGACGCUGCUGAAAAGCAGCAAGUCAGGCACGCGGAUGACAGACCAACGACAGUAGCGGCGGCGGCCAGUGAGAUUGCGAAACGACAUCUGAUCGUGGCACACAUUGACCGUAGUAACCCGCUGGGGCAGAUGUCACAGGAGCGGUGGAAAUUAGUGAAAAUGAAGCUAUUGGAAGCCCUCUUCGCGAGGAUGGAUGCUCAGCCAAGCGCGCCCAUGCCCACAUUUGAUGGAGCUGGGUGGCUAAGCGGAGUUAAAAUCCUGAAGUGUAAGGAUGACCCGUCGCUUACAUGGGUAAAGGAAGCAGUAAAAACGCUUCCUAGCCUAUGGGAGAAUGGCAGACUGGAGGUGGUGGACCGCAAUGAUAUUCCAUCGGUGCCCAAGGCGAAGGUAAUUAUACCUCGCGUGGUGGACCCGGAAUAUGCUUUGCGGCUGCUACAACGGCAGAAUCCGGACGUGCCGACUAGCGGCUGGAGGGUGUUGAGCGUGGCAAAGUCUUCAAAUGAAGAUGGUGGCCAAAGCUACAUGCUCCCGAUCAAAAAGACGGCGGACGAUAUUCUGUACGCAAGAUUCGGGAAGAUGGCGUGGGGCGUUAGGAGCGUUCUUCUUCGAGAAAGGUGA